CAUUUCCCAUUCUCCUCCCACCGCUAUGCCGCCUAGGCAGAGUGUCACCGCACCAUCCGCUCCGCCGCCUGACGUGCCACCCGCGAAGACUGUGCGUGCCGACUGGGGCCCACAGGCUGAAGCGAUCCUCAAGGACACGCUCAAGAAGUGCCUGCAAGAUGGGCUGGGCACGGACAGCAACUUCAAGAAGCAGCAUUACGCGCGUGCGGCGCUGGCGCUACAGGCCGCCGGCUUCAACUUCAGUCCCGAGCAAGUGAAGACGCGCUGGAUGCGCUACAAGCGCGACUACAACUUCGUCAAGGAGCUCCGGAAGGAGUCCGGCUUCGGGUGGGAUGAGGAGACGAAGAUGGUUGUAGCCGAGGAGGCUGUUUGGGACGCGCUCAUGUUCACUCCGGACAAGAAGAAGACGAAGAAACACAAGGACUACAACUACUGGAAGAAGCACGCAUUUCCCGACUACGACGACAUCGCGCAGCUCGUCGGUGAUGCUGGCGCUACGGGUGGCUGUGCCUUCUCGUCGGUUUCCGGUACUGCAGCCGCCCCCACCACUGAGCAAGACGCUCCCCAGCCCGGGGAUGAGGAGGAGGAGAUUGCUGAGGAUGAUGAAGAUGCCCUGGACCUCAGCCUCAUCGAUCCCCAGCUGCUUCAGGAGAUCCCUCCCCCAUCAUCUCGUCCUGCGCCGACGACAUCUACUGCCGCUCCUCCCUCUUCUACCCCUUCGACUUCAUCUCCUAUUACAAGAGCCCCUGCAGUCCCCGCAGCAACGUCUCAUGCCCCACUCCCUGCCCCUGCUGCAUCCCGCAAGCGUGCUGGCUCACCUCCUCCAUCUGUCUCGUCGAAGCGGGUGCGGACAGGUGAUCAGAUCUCGCAGCUGUUUGGGCGUGUCGAUAUAACGCUCGACAAGAUUGCGGACUCCUUCGUCUCACCCCCAGCUGCACCGUCUACACCACCUGCGUCUUCGAGCAGCGCAAUCUCGCCUCUUCGUCGGCUCUGCUGGAAGAAGACGAGGGACGAAGGGCUCUCACCCCACUCCCUUGGUCGUUCUCGCAGGGUCUUCCGUGAUGAUGUCAAGGUGAAGGAGUAUUUGGGGUUUGACGAUGAUGAUGAGCAGGACCGUAUGGCGCGUAGUGCAUGGCUGGCUGAUGAGAUCAAUGCUGCCGACCGUUGAUACAUUAUAUCCCUCUUUUACCUCCGCUCUUUCCCGUACCAUACAGCUUUUUAAUGUACUAAUCCAUGUUUGGUGUCUACUGGGUUGCCCGA